AUGUCGCUUACUGAAGAACGUAUUAAUGAAAUGAAAGAAAUCUUUUCGAUGGUUGAUGAUGAUGGUGAUGGCUCAAUAACACGUUCAGAACUGGCUAUGUGUCUUCGAGCUAUGCAAUAUUCUAUUAGUAAUCGUGAAAUAAAUGAUUUAAUGAAGAAAUUUGAUUCUGAUAAAACAGGUCAUAUUAAUUUUCCUCAAUUGUUACAAAUAAUUGCUGCUACGGAACAACCAAAUUUAACAAAACAAACUCAAACAAUUCUUUCUGCUCUAAAAUUAUUUGAUACACAAAAUGAUGAAACCAUAUCUGAAAACGAUUUUCGUUUUUUAAUGCAACAAACAGGUGAACAAUUACCAAAAGAUUCUGUUGAUGAUAUGAUUAAAGCAACUGAUGCUCGAACAAAAAAUGGUCGUAUUCAAUAUCGUAAACUUGUAUCAACGCUUAUUCAUUUAUAA